AAGUGCACCGUGGUGCCGCUGCCUUAAGCCCUAGGGGAAGACCCUGCUGCCUCUGGACCGGUGCUUCUGGUCGCCACUGUUAUUCUGAAUCAAGUACCUUGUCAUUGAGCUACCCUAUAAAAAUGCCUUAAGAAAGAGCCAUGGAGAAGUAUGUUAGACUACAGAAGAUUGGAGAAGGCUCAUUUGGAAAAGCUGUUCUUGUUAAGUCCAGGGAGGAUGGCAGGCAUUAUGUUAUCAAGGAAAUUAACAUUUCAAGGAUGUCCGGCAAAGAACGGCAGGAAUCAAGGAGAGAAGUUGCAGUGUUGGCAAACAUGAAGCAUCCAAAUAUUGUCCAAUAUAAAGAAUCCUUUGAAGGUAAAAGACCAGGAUCAGGGCAAAGUGCCAGUUCUCUUGUCCCUUCUCAGAAAAUCACAAAGCCUGCUGCUAAAUAUGGAGUGCCUUUAACAUAUAAGAAGUAUGAAGAUAAAAUGUUACUUGAAAAAACACCCCCAAAACAUAAACAGCCCUAUCAAAUUCCAGCGAAGAAAAUGUGUUCUGGAGAAGAAAAGAAGAAAAUGUUUGAGGAAGCAGCAAAGAAAAGAAAGUUGGAAUUUAUUGAGAAAGAGAAGAAGCAGAAGGAUCAGAUUAGUUUCCUGAAGGCGGAGCAGGUGAAGAGGCAAGAGAAGCAGCGGUUGGAGAGAAUAAAUAGGGCCAGGGAACAAGGAUGGAGGAAUGUAUUGAGGGCUGGUGGAAGCGGUGAAGUAAAGACUCCCUCUUUUGGCAGUGGAGGGGCUGUCUCUCCAUCACCUUGUUCUUCUCGAGGGCAGUAUGAACAUUACCAUGCCAUUUUUGAUCAAAUGCAGCGACUGAGAGCGGAAGAUAAUGAAGCGCGAUGGAAAGGAGACAUAUACGGGCGCCGGCUUCCAGAAAGGCAUAAAGGGCAGCUAGGCUUAGAAAGAGCUAAGCGAGUGGAAGAGUUCCUGCAGCGUAAACGAGAAGCCAUGCAGAACAAAGCCCGGGCCGAAAGACAUGUGGUUUAUCUAGCAAGACUGAGGCAAAUAAGACUACAAAAUUUCAAUGAGCGCCAACAGAUUAAAGCCAAACUUCGUGGUGAGAAUAGCGAAGCUAAUGGUACCAAAGGGCCAGAAGCAAUUGAAGAGGCUGACUUGAGGCUCAAAAAGAUGGAGUCACUUAAGGCCCAGACAAAUGCCCGUGCUGCUGUCCUAAAAGAACAGCUGGAGCGAAAAAGAAAGGAAGCCUAUGAGAGAGAAAAGCGGGUGUGGGAAGAGCAGUUGCUGGUGAAGGUAAGGAGCUCAGAUAUUUCUCUACCUUUGGAGCAUCAAGAAACGGGGGGUUCUCCAUCAAAGCAGCAAAUGAGACCUGUUAUUUCUGUGACUUCGGCUUUGAAAGAAGUGGGCCUGGAUGGAAAUUUAACUGAAACCCAAGAAACUUCAGAAGAAAUGCAAAAGAGCAGCAAUGCUGUUUCAAGCAAGCGAGAAAUACUGCGUAGGCUAAAUGAGAAUCUUAAAGCUCAGGAAGAUGAAAAGGAGAAUCACCAUCACUCAGAUUCUUGUGAGGUCGCUGGCCACAAGGAUGCCAAGGAGUAUGAGAAAGAAAAUGCCAUUUCCUCUGAUCGCAAGAAGUGGGAGGUCGGAGGUCAGCUUGUGAUUCCUCUGGAUGGUGACACAUCCUUCUCUGCCUCUGAAAAACAUACCGUAGGAGAGGUAAUUAAGUUAGAUUCUAAUGGCUCUCCAAGAAAAGUCUGGGGGAAAAGCCCUACAGAUUCUGUCCUGAAGAUACUAGGAGAAGCUGAACUCUAACCCCAGACAGAACUACUAGAAAACACAGCUUUUAAAAGUGAGAUUUAUCCUGAAGGCGAAAACUACAAGCCCUUAAUUGUUGGAGAAGAGAAACCAGAAUGUACUUCAAAAGAAAUAAAUCCAUCAGGUACUGUUGAUUCUGUUGAAACAGAAAGCCCAAAGUUUAGUGAGGUGCCUCCACCAACGUCAGAAGGAAAUGUGGAAGAACCUGAUGAUUUGGAGACAGAAGUUCUCCAAGAGCCAAGUAGCACAGACACAGAUGGGAGUUUGCCACGUGCUGUUAAUGAUGUGUGGAUUAGUGAGGAAGAAGAAGCUAAGGAAACUGAGUUGGAAGAUAAGGUUGUUGAGCAGCAGAGUGAGGUUUGUGAAGGCAGCAUUCCAGGGAAUGUGGAGCAGUCUCGUGAGAAUCAUAUAGAGCCUGCAGUAGAUGAUUCUCAGCAGUCCAGAUGUGACAUAGAGAAGUCAGUACCGCCAGAACCAUUCUUCCAGAAAGUGGCUCAGUCUGAGUACUUGAGCGUAGUUCAGUCAGAACCAGUUUCACUCCGAUCUCGCUCUGAUUCACCACCAAAAACUAAAACCAAGAACUCCUUACUGAUUGGGCUUUCAACUGGUCUAUUUGAUGCAAACAACCCAAAGAUGCUGAGGACGUGCUCACUCCCAGAUCUUUCCAAGCUGUUCAGAACCCUGAUGGACGUUCCCACUGUAGGAGAUGUUCAACAGGACAGUCUGGAGAUAGAGGAGCUUGAAGAUGAGCACAGUAAAGAUUCCGAAGACACUGUGGUGCUUCACAUCACUUUCCCAAUGUGCAGAGCACUGCUAGCCUCCACGAACUCGCGUGGCUGGCACUGGAAUGGCGUUGAGCACGUCGAAGAGACUAUCCUCCACCCUCUUCUCAUUUAACGCUCCCCACGAGCCGUUAGCUUCAUUUAGCAGAUGAAAGAAACGAGGAAGAACCUUGUGGCCAAGGUUUCACUGAUGGGGUAUAUCAAGGGAAACAGAUUUUUCAGUGUGAUGAAGAUUGUGGCGUGUGUGUGGCAUUGGACAAGCUGG